UAAGUGCAUUAUAAUAACGAAGGCUAGACGGGGUGAUACAAAAAGACAAAUGACAAGCAAGUAGCUGUUUUGUAGUUUAGCUUGACAGUAACGCAAAUAUUUUGUAACGCAUUAUUUUGUUAGGAUGUUUCCUCGGUUAUUACUGUUACCACUCCUGUGUGUCUCUGCUGUAAUAGCCCUGCAGAUCUGUUCCUUCAAUGUGCGCUCCUUUGGUGGUGCCAAGGUUUCCAGACCCGAGAUCCUCCAAGUUAUCCUUCAGACAAUUUCUCGGUGUGAUAUUAUGCUGUUGAUGGAGAUUAAGGAUUCUUCCAAUAAAGCAUUUCCUUAUCUGAUGGACCAGCUGAACAGCAAGUCAAAAAGAAAUGUAUACAGAGCUGUGAUCAGUGAGAGACUAGGAAGAAAAACUUACAAAGAACAGUAUGCAUUCAUCUACAGACAAAAAGCUGUGUCACUGAAAGACAUAUAUCAGUAUCAAGAUCUUCAACCAGGGGAUGAAGAUGCCUUUUCUAGAGAACCGUUUGUUGUCUGGUUCAACUCGCCUACAGCUGCUGUAAAAGAAUUCGUAGUCAUCCCUCAGCACACAACUCCAGAAACAGCAGUCCGUGAAAUUGAUGAACUCUACGAUGUUUACUUGCAUAUGAAACAACGCUGGAAUUCUGAAAAUUAUAUAUUCAUGGGAGACUUCAAUGCAGCCUGUGGUUAUGUACCAAAGAAGAGCUGGAAGGAUAUUCGGCUAAGAAGCAAUCCGAGUUUUGUGUGGCUGAUAGGUGACAAGAAUGACACAACAGUGAAGCAAACUACAAACUGUGCCUAUGACAGAAUUGUGAUACAUGGUGAAGAGAUCAUCAAGGCAGUGGACCCCAAAUCUGUGAACAUUUUUGAUUUUAAAACUGCCAAUGGACUUACAGAAGAACAGGCGCUAAACAUUAGUGAUCACUUCCCCGUAGAGUUUAAACUAAAGGCUGCUCCCCGCAAAACUCGUCUACGUUCACAGUCCAAUUCCAUUGCAAGCCUACAAAGCACUUAAGAUUGCUGUUUGCUAACUAGUUAUGGCAUAUAAAACAACGGGAUUACUUCUGCAUCACCUAUUACUAAAUAGAGGAAGAAAAAACAGUCUGUAUUAAAGAAUUUCAUUUUAUAUAAAAUUUGUACAAUGUUUCAUCUGAGCUGCUAUGAAUCAUGUGCAAAGGUUCACAUUUUGAUAUUAAUAAAAUCAUCAGUUCUAUUUCCUAGAGAAGAUACAUUUAAUGUUAUAUAACUGUAUUAUGUUUGAUGUGUGAUUAUUAAUAGCUUGUAAUGAAGUCUGUUUGAUAGCAACAGAAUAAACCUUACUGCUCCUGCUUGGCAGUUUAAUGCA